AUGCUGCGAACUGACCUCUCUUCAGGAACGUUUGGUGGCGUUCGCUUUCCGUUAUUCGUGUUCCUUGUACUUCUGGCAGUCGGCAAAACUCUCGCUCUGCUAAUUUAUGGCUCAGGAUUCUAUUUAACGCGAAUGCAGCUUCUCAACGCAAACACGUGCGAUUUUCAGCGCAACGCUUCACAAGAGUUCCGAUACAAUCAAGCUCUGACUCCAUAUGACCUUUCACCAGGCGAUGCGGAGUGCUGGACUGAAACUAGGGUUGACAAAGUUGUCUUGAUGAUCAUCGAUGGCGCUCGCUUUGACUUCGCAGCUGCUUCUUUCAACAGCAAAGAAAACGUGUGGUCCGGAAAUUCGCCUUUGAGUUCAAUUGCAGAGACUGUACAGAAGUACCCAGAAACAACUGAGUUGUACCGCUUUGUAGCCGAUCCACCGACCACAACGCAACAACGUCUCAAAAGUAUUUUGACAGGUGGUCUACCUACAUUUUUGGAAAUAAGCAAGAGUUUCGGCGCUGCCAAACUCGUAGAAGACAACCUCAUAUCACAAGCAGCGGCGGCUGGUCGUCGAAUAUCUUUUUCUGGAGAUGACACCUGGCUUGAACUUUUUCACCACGUCCACUUCGCCGCAAGUGUCGAUGCGCAUCCAUCCUUCAACGUGCGGGAUCUUGAUAGCGUUGAUCAAGGAGUAAGGCGGCAUCUUCUGACAGCGCUUGAUAAUCCUGACGACUGGGAUAUUCUAAUAGGUCAUUUUCUUGGUGUUGAUCAUGCGGGGCAUACAUAUGGAGUGGAGAGUCAGGCAAUGAUAAAAAAGUUGCAGGAAAACGAUGCAGACAUAAAAGCAAUUUCGUCGGCAAUGCGUGCAGACUCAGCGUUUGAUAAUGCACUGCUUAUUGUCAUGGGGGAUCACGGAAUGACACUUCAUGGCGAUCAUGGUGGUGGUACAUCUGCAGAAACUGACUCUUUUCUUCUUAUCCAUCAACCUCGCGCAUCGUCCCUGCAGGAAGUAACACAACACAAGAAUAGCUCGAAGGCACUCAGCAACCUAGAUUUGAAAACGAUGUCCCAGAUCGAUUUUGCACCAACGCUUUCGACUAUUCUAGACAUACCAAUUCCAUAUGGUAGUCUUGGUGCCAUUCAGAGGAGAUUCUUGGAAGUAGCAAGUACCCUUGAUCCUCGCAAAGAAACACAUGCUUUACACAUGAAUAAUCAAGUUAUCGAGGAAUGGUAUCUUCGCGCUCUGAGGGGUGCGACGAUGCAGGUCUGGCGUUAUUUGAAUGCAUACGUAAUCGAGGCAGGGAAUCCUUUCUCUGUUGACGACUGGUCCAGGUUGCAGGACCUUUACAAUUCGUCACAGAGCUUAACAGCAUCAGAUGGUGAUCGCGUGCAGAUGUUGGAAGGAUUUCUGUCCAUCGCAGCAGAAACGUCGCGAGAACGAUGGAUUCAAUUUAGCAUCAGGAAAAUGGCCGUAGGUGUUGUUCUCCUCAUAUGCUUACUGGCAAUUUGUGCCAUGUCAAAAUUAUUAUUCCUUUGCGAAGAUGCUGUGGUUGAUGCGCGUUGGAAAUCAAUCUUAAGUCGAAUCAACGCUAUACACAACAUGUUUGAGAGUCGAGCGGUUCACAUGGAAAUGAUAUUUCUUCUGAUCGUCGCUGGUUUAAUAUCUGGAUAUCGAGUCUCAAACAGUUUUAUCACUGCCGAGGCCGAUGUGGCUCAUUUUAUAGUGGCUUCAUUUGCACUGUUCUUCAGUGUUUUCCGAAUCUCAUUCUUACGCCGAGCUCUGAGGUCUCAGAUAAGGUCUGACGCAGCGCUACAAUCAGGCCUCGGCGCAGCACUACUAACAUGCAACACGGGCUGUCAAUUACUCGGCGCCACGUGGCUGAAGCAUGCUGACCACGGCGCCUCGAGGCAUGUUUUACCAAUGACCUUAUCGUUCCUUUCGAGGACUAUAAUAUUCUGUGCACAUGGAGCACUGCCAUGGAUUUGCCACCGAGCCAUGAUUCAGGGAAACGCAAAUGGUCAACGAGCAUGUAUUACUUUGGCUUCGGCAUCACUUGGCUUGCUCACGUUCAAGCAUGGAACUUGUUUUUCCGUCCUAUUGCGCCUUGUAGGUGUUGGGACUCUUGGUCCAUCCGUGUCACCUGAGCUUUUUCUGCCUUGGGUAACGUAUAUCGCAUCGUCUAUUGCUUUCAUCGUGCCAGUCGGCUUUGGCAAAAGAAGCUUGAAUCGGUAUAAGAUUCAGAUCGAUACACAUGGUACUAUGUGGUCGCUACUAAGCAUAUUUGUACUCUCAUUCGGGGAGCGCGGUUCGUUAUGGGGCGUGCUCUCAAUUACGCAAUCUGCCGCCGUAUUGUACUCCAGCUCACCGGGGUCAGCUGCUGUCAACUAUUAUAAUUUUAGGGAGAUGACUCUCGCGCUCACAUGGCACGUGCUUGCUUUGCAGUGUUUCUUUGCAGGGGGGCAUCACUGCACAUUUGAUAGUUUACAUCUCACGUGUGCGUUCAUCGGGCUCAAUAACUUUCAUUUCGUCAUCAUGGGAAUCCUACUCUCUUCAAACACUUGGUCUGGGGAAGCAUUGAUUUCUGGACAAAUUCCCACGGUCGUUGUCUCGUGCUUGAACUCACGAAGGGUUGAUGAAGAACACCUCACAAAGGUUCUUCGGAACGCACUCUCUCGUUUUGUGUUAUCAUAUGCUGUUUGCCGACUGGUCACAAUUGUUGUAAUAUCAGGGUUUGUGGGUGCUGAGCGCGGCCACCUGAUGGUUUGGGCCGUGUUCGCCCCAAAAUUCGCUUUUGACGCAGCUGGCCAAUUAUUCGGAGAUGCAUGGCUCAUUUUUGGUGUACUCAUAUGUGUCAGACAUCUGCAUACUGAAUAA